AACCUGGUCUAAUUUUUGGACCAUGCAAGUCGGCGUCGAUGUGUUGGGCUCCGUUGGUUUCUUCUCCACGCAAACUGUGGCAGUUAAGUUUGGCUGGUUUGGGACAUGACCAACUGGUCCGUUUAAACCCUAGACCAGGAAAGAAGGUUUAUGCUCGCGCCAGGCGUUAAACCCUACGUUUCUUGUCCGUACAUUACCCCAGUAUCCGUCAUCUGUUUACCAAACACAUAUCAGAUCAGAGCUUGAAGAAGCUUAUCUUCCAUGGCUGCUUCAAGGCUAUCGACCUGCGCAGCUAUGGCUGCCGCGGUCGCCUCCUUGUCCACUUUCCCCAAUCACGCGCACGCCGACGCUCCCUUUCGCUUCUCGCCUUUCUUUUCGUCUUCGCCUCCUCAGGCUCAGGCCGACCAAACGGAAGCUAAAUCCUCCUCCGAAGAGCCCAAGGGCGGUUUCGAUCCAGAGUCAUUGGAGAGAGGUGCCAAAGCUCUUCGAGAAAUCAACAGCUCUCCGAACGCCAAACAGGUUUUUGAAGUUAUGAGAAAGCAGGAACAAACUCGGUUGGCAGAGUUGGCGGCUGAGAAGGCUCAUCAUGAAGCCAUUCAAGCUCAAACUGAGAUUGAAAGGCAGCAGAAAGUUGCUGAAGAACAAAGAAAUUUAGCACAACAACAAGCACAAGCAAAGGCACAGAUGUUGAGAUAUGAAGAUGAGUUGACUAGAAAACGGAUGCAGACAGAUAAUGAAGCUCAAAGGAGACAUAAUGCUGAAUUGGUAAAGAUGCAAGAAGAGUCCUCUAUACGGAAAGAACAAGCAAGACGGGCUACUGAAGAGCAAAUCCAAGCCCAACAACGCCAAACUGAGAAAGAGAGAUCUGAAAUAGAACGGGAAACAAUUAGAGUGAAGGCCAUGGCUGAAGCAGAAGGACGGGCUCAUGAAGCAAAAUUGACUGAGGAUCAUAACAGGCGAAUGCUUAUAGAGCGGAUAAAUGGUGAAAGAGAAAAGUGGCUUGCUGCAAUCAAUACAACUUUUAGUCACAUAGAAGGUGGGUUCAGGAUGCUGUUGACCGAUAGGAGUAAGUUGUUUAUGACUGUUGGAGGAGCCACAGCCCUAGCUGCUGGAAUUUAUACAACUAGAGAAGGUGCUAGAGUGACUUGGGGUUAUAUCAACCGGAUACUGGGUCAACCAUCACUAAUCCGAGAGUCAUCUAUUGCAAAAUUCCCAUGGUCAGGGAUGGUUUCCCAAAUAAAAAAUAAAGUCUCAAAUUAUAGUACAGCAGCUGGGUCAGUGGGGUCUGCAGGAAUUAAAUCUAGUUUGGGGAAUGUUAUUCUCCAUCCUUCAUUGCAGAGGAGAAUAGAGCAGCUUGCUCGAGCCACAGCAAACACAAAAUCUCACCAGGCACCCUUCCGUAACAUGCUUUUUUAUGGACCUCCUGGUACUGGCAAAACUAUGGUUGCAAGGGAGAUAGCUCAAAAAUCUGGUUUGGAUUAUGCAAUGAUGACAGGAGGUGAUGUUGUACCACUGGGUGCACAGGCUGUUACCAAGAUCCAUCAGAUAUUUGAUUGGGCUAAAAAGUCAAGGAAAGGCUUACUGCUUUUUAUUGAUGAGGCUGAUGCUUUUUUAUGCGAGCGUAAUAGCACUCACAUGAGUGAAGCCCAGAGAAGUGCUCUAAAUGCAUUGCUUUUUCGAACUGGGGACCAGUCGAGAGACAUAGUCCUUGUGCUUGCCACAAACAGACCGGGGGAUCUCGACAGUGCAGUUGCUGAUCGCAUGGAUGAAGUUAUUGAGUUUCCACUUCCCGAACAAGAGGAACGUUAUAAACUGCUAAAGCUUUACUUGAAGAAGUAUCUUUGCAAUGAAGAUGAGAGUGCUUCUGGGACGGCUUCUCUUCUCAACAGGAAAACACAGAAUAUAACCAUUAGGGAUGUAUCAGAUGAAGUCAUCCGGGAAGCUGCCCAGAAGACUCACGGGUUCUCCGGCCGUGAGAUAGCAAAACUCAUGGCAGGUGUUCAAGCAGCCGUCUAUGGGCGUCCUGAUUGUGUUUUGGAUUCCCAGCUGCUGAGGGAAAUUGUAGAUUACAAGGUUGCAGAGCAUAAUCAAAGGAUAAAAUUGGCAGCUGAAAGUGGUCAGCCUGCUUGAGCCUGGGAUCGGUUUUGGUUGCAAGAUAGAGAAGGCAAUUUUCUUCUUUUGGUUGGAAACCAUGAAUUUUGAAUUUUCUUACAUUGUGAUAUAUUUUCCCCGCCUCCAUUUGUGUGUUUUUUUAUGUUGGGGUGGGGGUGGGGGGGGGGGGGGGGGGGGGGGGGGGGGGGGGGGGGGGGUGUGUGUGUGUUUCAAUUGAGUUCUCCUGGAGAAUAUGAUUAAGGACUUGGGAGCCUAUGAAGACUAGCUGCUGAAAGGAUGCUGGCAAUUGUGCUUAGGAGGGAAUGACCCAAAACUGACCAUGUAAAAGUGAGAAAUAGCUGAGCUUUUGUUGCUUUUUUAGGGGAUAAGUCCGUUAUAAAACAGCCGAGUGUCUGGCCAUCAUUGUUUAUUUCUUUCUGUUUUCUUUUUUCUUCAGAGCCGUUUCUUCUCAAAAGCAAACGUUAUGUUAAGACGCAGAAAGUUUUUGGUGGUACCACACAUUGUGUAACCAAGCACAUCCUUCU